CAAAUGAUACCCAUGAUUUCAGCUGUCCAUCAUUAAACAGUGAUCUGAUUCUGUAUAGAUCGCGUUUCUAACUAGGGACAAUUAAUGCGCGUGUAUAGCUACCAUUACGGUAAUAUCAGGUCAAUGAAAGAGUACAGCGACAACAGAGAAGCUGCGCUAACCGAGCGUAUUUUUUGCUCAGCAAUAUUUGAGGUUUGUUCCACCAUACCAAGUUGAGGAGAAACAUCAGUGUCAGAAACCCCAGAAUCUUGUAAUGCUAGAAAUGUCUUCGAGUAGUGAGCAAAAGAACGAGAUUUUCUCAACGAAAAGAAAGCAAAGCACAGAAGACAGCAAGCCUCUCAUCUGCCCUCAGUGUGGAAAGUGUUUCAAAUACAGAGGUCAUUUUGAGAGCCACAUAAGAACUGACACUGGGGUGUGCCCAUAUACAUGCCCCCAGUGUGGAAAGAGUUUCAGAGGUAAAUCAAAUAUUAAGGCACACAUGAGAAUUCAUACUGGAGAGCGCCCAUACGGAUGUUCUCAGUGUGGAAAGAGUUUCAAACACAAAAGUCAGUUUGAGGGCCACAUGAGAAUUCACACUGGAGAGAGCCCAUACACAUGUUCUCAGUGUGGAAAGAGUUCCACAAGUAAAUCAAAUCUUGCAGCACAUAUGAGAAUUCACACUGGAGAGCGCCCAUAUGCAUGUCCUCAGUGUGGAAAGAGUUUCAGAAAUAAAUCAAAUCUUGUGAUCCAUACGAGAAUUCACACUGGAGAGCGGCCAUAUGUAUGUCCACAGUGUGGAAAGGGUUUUAAACAGAAAGCAACGCUUGAGGAGCACAUGGGAAUUCACACUGGAGAGUGCCCCUACACAUGUCCUCAGUGUGGAAAGGGUUUUAAACAGAAAAAUAAUCUUAAACUGCACGUGAGGAUUCACACUGAAGAGCGCCCAUACACGUGUACUCCGUGUGGAAAGAGUUUCAAACGCAAAGCAACGCUUGAGAUGCAUAUGAGAAUUCACACUGGAGAGCGCCCAUACGUAUGUCCUCAGUGUGGAAAGAGUUUUAGACUGAAGAUUAAUCUUGAGGAGCACUUGAGAAUUCACACUGGAGAGCGCCCAUACACUUGUCCUCAGUGUGGAAAGAGUUUCAGACGCAAAUCAACAAUUAAUCAGCACAUGAGAAUUCAUGCUGGACAGCAUCCAUGAACAUAACUUCAG